AUGACUUCGCUAUCUACUUCCUCACAUCCACGCCAGCGUAUUCGCGAGCUGCUUCCAACUCUACACCUGGGCCGUUACGAGCCCGGUCCAAAGAACAGUCUCACAGACAUUCCUGGUGUUCUUGUACACACUGAGUCCAUCCACUCCUCACCCACAUACCCCAACGCAACGCCAAAUUCGAUAAAUACAGGCAUAACAACUAUCCUGCCACGCAAAGACUGGUUUCACAAAGCUUGCUUUGCAGGCAUUUUCCGCUUUAAUGGGUCUGGGGAGAUGACUGGGUCGCACCUGAUCGAGGAGAUGGGACUGUUGUUUUCACCAAUCAUUAUUACGGGCAGCUUUGGCGUUGGUUCAGCAUACAAUGGAAUCUACGAGUAUGCUAUCCGGGAACAUUGUGAUGCCGAAGGCAAGGUGGACUGGUUCCUGUUACCAGUUGUGGCGGAAACGUUUGAUGGCUUUUUGCAUGAUGUUGCCAAGUUUGCUGUGACACCAAAGCAUAUCGUGGAUGGCAUGGACAAGGCGAGCAGUGAGCCGGUACCAGAAGGAAAUACGGGUGGCGGAACGGGUAUGAUAUGUCACUACUUCAAAGGCGGUACUGGAUCGAGCUCUCGUGUUGUUCCUGCCGAAGGAGAACGUAGUUAUACCGUGGCCGCACUCGUCCAAGCUAACUACGGUAAGAUGUGGGACUUUAAAAUCGGCGGGGCGCCGAUUGGGAGACUCAUCUACGAAGAGCAGAAGAGGAAGAUGGAGGAAAAUCCCGAGGAUCCAGAGUUGAUUGCCCAGUCCAAGUUGCUGUUCAAGGUGGAAAAGGCAAAGGAUAAGAAAGACGGGUCCAUUAUUGUUAUCAUUGCGACAGAUGCACCGCUCCACCCAACGCAACUUCAACGGCUAGCCAAGCGCGCAACGGUUGGGCUGGCUCGGGUAGGCGGGUACGGCACGAAUCCGUCUGGCGACAUCUUCAUGGCGUUUUCCACAGCGAAUGAGGUGAAUGUGCAGACUGUGACAGCGGGCCAAGCAAGCGUAGACCCAUACAAGGCGCGGGAAGUGCAGGUCGCCAUGACGGAUGACCAGACCAUCAACGCGCUCUUUGAGGCAAGUGCGGAUGUAGUUGAAGAGGCCAUCUACAACGCGGUAUGCAUGGCGGAGACCAUGGACGGGAACGGCAACCAGAUUGAGGCGCUAGAUCUGGGACGGGUCAAGGAGCUGAUGCAAAAGUACUUGUGA